AUGUGUGCUUCCUACAAUGCAGCAAACGGUGCAUGCAGAUAUCGCAGAAAUCUGAAUGGAACGGCUUGUUGGAGUUCAAUUGACAGCGUCCAGCAGUUCAAUGUUACGAGAAGGAUAUUCGUUUCGAAAGAUUCCAUGUUUCCCCCAGGCAUUCAACCUUUCAAGGAGACCAAGUGCAGAAGGAGCGACGUACGACAGACGAAUGACGGUACACUCGUCAUUCGUGGAGAGAAGGUUCCGUCGCGAAAUAUAGGCGGUGUUGGUUUUAUUGUGCACCCAUCUGUCGUCCAUCUCGUCGAUUCUCACGAGAUCCUUUCACCUCGUCUGGCCAUUCUUUGCCUCCGCCCUCUGCGCCAAAAAUCCAUCAGUAUCAUCAACUGCUACUCACCAACAUCAGCAGCUGAUGAAUCCGAAUUGGACGCGUUUUACGAGGAGCUGAAGGAAGUAGUCCGCAACGGGAAGUCCUUCUACAAAUUCGUUGUCGGAGACUUCAACGCAAAACUAGGAAAGGCCACAGAAGAGGAAUACAGGAUUGGAAGAUUUGGACUAGGAGACCGGAAUGAAAAUGGCAAUCGUCUCGCAGGACUAUUGUCCGCCACUCGCCUCUUUCAUGGGAACUCUCUUUUCUUCAAAAAAAAAGAAAGAUCAUCGUCGGUGAACAUGCCCAAUGGCGCGACUCUGGUUCCGAUCACCGUCUCCUUCGUGCGAAAAUACGACUUGGCCACACGAUGGAAAAGAACAUCUGCUAUCGGCAACGAAGGAGAAAAGAAGUCGUCUACGUCUAGAGUGGACUACGAGAUGCUGCUCAGAGGAUUACGAGCCUGUGCUGAAUGUGCCUCGAAGCCGCGCACGACAAACUUGGAUCGAAUUUCGAAGACCACCAAGGAAUUGUUGGAAAGAAGAAAGGCUUUGAGGCUUGAUCCGAAUGUAUCGCACAUUGAGCGGUUAGUAGCAAACACUAGCUGCAGAAAGGCGUUGCCGGAGGAUCUUUUGAAAUACAGGCAGAAGAAGAUUUUGGAAGCAGCACAAAGAAGAACGAGUCUAAAGGAGUGCCGCAGGGAUAGCUCGUACGCUCUCAAGGCCUGUACUCAAGUGCCCGAUUGCGUUUAG